CCAAAGAAUAUUUCCAGUAAUGAUGACGUGAUAGUUUGGACAAGAAUUCAAUUCUUUGGUCGGUUUGAAGUUAGCGCUUGUCCUUUGUCUUACCUGGAAUGGAAAGCAUGAAUUCUGCCAACCAAGUCCGCCAAUUGCCGUUUAAAUUUCCUAUUUUCUAACGGUAAAAGGAAAGCCGCUGCCUUUUCGGACCCCCAAUUUCAUAUAUAUGUUACCCAUUUACAUUUCCGGGACUGUGUAGAGGUAUUUCAAUAGUUUGAAGCAGAGGAUUUGAUCAAUUCCUGACAUCUGUUCAUUGUAUAUAUCGUUUGUGGGGUGUUGUUUGUGGAGAUUUAAGUACCUGCGUGCCUCGACUGUGGUGGAAAGAUGGUGGUGAAGACAGGAGCGAAGUCAUCUACAGAAAGAGCGUCUCUGAGAAGGCUUUCAAGCCUUGAAAAAAAGGGUGGGCGAAAGAGUCCCGGUGGGAGAAUUGUUAAAGAAUUGAAGGGAUUAGAUGCGGAAAAGGCAGUGGCGCCCCAUUACCAGCGGCCGACCGCCAAUUCAUCCAGCCAGGCUCGGGUACAAUUCAAACCUUUAACUCAGAGUCCUUCUCCUCAUUUUAAUAAGGUUAGAAGGUCUUCUUUAGGAUUAGAAUCUCCUGAUGUUUGUAAAUAUGGUAGGAAGAGUUCUUUGUUGGGGUCUAGAAGUAGUGAGAAAAGUCCUGUGAAAAUUAACCGGUUGAAGCCCUCUAAGUCCCUUGAGAAGACUCCGUUGAAAAUUAAUGGUUUGAAGACCUCUAGGGUGUUUGAUAAAAGUCCUGGUUUGUUGAAACUCAAAACCCCAAAGAGUGAUUUGAGUUGUAAGACUUUGAAUGUGGCGAGGGAUACCUGCUCUUCCAAUUGUAAACAUGUUGUUAAGGGCGGGGAUUUGACAAUUUCUCCGGAGCCUAGAUGUCCAUAUCAUUAUUGUUCGCUCAACCAUCUGGAUCGUGUGGAGCCCCCCUCUGUGAAGCAGUUUUUGGCUUCUAGGAGGCGUUUGCUGAGGACUCAGAAGAGCUUCAAGUGGGUUGGCCUCACACCAGUGCCGAAAGGGUCCGGUGUGGGCGCAAAUAGUGUGGAUGACAUAGGGCCUGGUGUGGAUACAGAUAUUGUGAUUGACACAGGGCAUGGUGUGGACAUAGAUAGCGUGGUUGACACAGGGCAGGGGUUAUGUGUUGGGGGUUGUGGAGAUAAUACGAGGGAAGAAGAUGCUGCAGAGGUUUGGAAGAAAUCGGAUGAUGAUCCAAGGCCGGAAGAUUGUCAAAUUGUAGACUGUGAUGAUUAUGAUGAUGAUGGAUUGCUGUUUGAAUCUGGUGACAACCAUGGACAUUAUUGGAUUCCGAUUGAAGAAAUCUCAAUGGAAGAAUCAGAAAUUAAGAUGGAGGAAAAUGAAUCUAUGGAUUUUUUUGCAGGGGACGAGGAUGUUGAGAUCGAUAAACAGGAGAUUGAUAUUGAGGCAAUUGACUAUGACUUGGGAAGCAGCUCCUAUGAUUAUGAUCAGCUUGCAGAAAGCUUAGUGGAUGCUUCUGAUAUUAAGGUGACGGCUGAUGAAUCUAUGGAAGUAUUUGGCGAGGACAAGGAUGGUGAAGAUGAUGAUUGUGAUCUUGAUGUUGAGGCAUUCGUUUAUCUACAAAUUGUAGAAAACUUAGUGGAUAACACUGAUGUUAAGGUGAGGGCUGAGGAAUCUUUGGAACUAUUGGCAGAGGAUACAGAUGUAAAAGAUGAUAAUCAUGGGGUUAAUGUUGAGGCAUCUUCCAAUAAUAUGGCAAGCAAUUGUUAUGAUCAUUGUCAAACUGAAGAAAGUCUGCGUUUAAUUCAGGUAAAUGCACUUGAAUCUGAAUUUUGCAGUCAGAUAGAACCUUAUGGCCUUCUGGAAGUACCAUUAUCUGAAGUCAAUUCAUGUCUUCAGGACAAGGUGAAAGAAGCAGAUAACUGUAAUUUGAUGAGCUGUGAGGUUGAACCUGUUUCUGAAGUAUGUACUAAUGAUUCCAUAGAGCAGUUUGUUGUCUGUGAGGAUGAUUCUGAUCAGUCUGAAGAAACUGAACUGCAGUGUUAUAUUCCACUAAAUCACGGAACUGAAUUCAGCAGUCCUACAGAACCUGAUUGCACACCAGGUGUUUCAUUAUCUCCGGAAAAUAAAUAUCUCGAAGGUGUUGAGGAAGAUGAAUAUGACUGCAAAUCAGGAAGCUUGGAGGGUGUAUUUGUUUCUGGCGUUUGUGCAAAUGAUCACUUAGAGCUGCCAGUUGCUUGCAAUGAUGAUUAUGAUAGAAUUGAGGAUCCUGAACCACAGUGUUUGAUUCAGGCAAAUGUUUCUGGACCUGAAUGCAACAGUUCUACAGAACCUGAUGGUCUACCAGAUUCAUCUGUGUCUGAUGUAAAUUCAUCCCUUAAAGAUGAAGUCAAAGAAGAAGAUGAGUGCACUUCAGGAAGCUUUGAGUGUGGCUCGGUUUCUGAUGAUUCUGAUCAAUCUGAAAAAACUGAACUGAAGUGUUAUAUUCCGGUAAAUCAUGGAACUGAAUGUAGUAGUCCUACAGAGGCUGAUUACACACCAGCUGUAUCUUGCUCUUUGGAAAAUAAAUAUCUGGAAGAUGUUGCGGAAGAAGAAUAUGACUGCAGUUCAGGAAGUAUGGAGGGUUUACUUGUUUCCGAAGUUUGUCCAAAUGAUCAUGUAGAGCCGUUAGUGGGCGGCAAGGAUGAUCAUGAUCAAAUUGAGAAUUCCGAACCACAGUGUUUUAUUCAGGUAAAUGUUUUUGGACCUGAAUGCAACAGUUCUACAGAACCUGAUGGUCUACCGGAUGCAUCUGUGUCUGAAGUAAUUUCAUCCCUUAAAGGUGAAGUUGAAGAAGAUGAGUGCAUUUCAGGCUCUGAGUGUGGAUCUGUUUCUGAUGAUUCUGAUCAAUCUGAAAAAAGUGAACUGAAGUGUUAUAUUCCGGUAAAUCAUGGAACUGAAUGUAGUAGUCCUACAGAAUCUGAUCACACACCAGGUGUAUCUUGCUCUCUUGAAAAUAAAUAUCUCGAAGAUAUUGUUGAAGAAGAAUAUGACUGCAGUUCAGGAAGCGUGGAGGGUUUAUCUGUUUCUGAAGUUUGUCUGAAUGAUCAUGUUGAGCUGUCAGUUGGUUGCAAGGAUGAUUAUGAUCCAAUUGAGGAUUCCGAACCACGGUGUUUUAUUCAAGUAAAUGUAUUUGGACCUGAAUGCAACAAUUUAACAGAACCUGAUAGUCUACCAGAUGCAACUUCACCUGAAGCAAAUUCAUCCCUUAAAGGUGAAGUCAAGGAACAAGAUGGGUGCAUUUCAGGAAGCUCUGAAUGUGGUUCUAUUUCUGAUGUUAGUGCUUAUGAUCUCAUAGAGGAGUCUACUAGCUGCCAGGACAUGUGUGAUCAAAGUGAGGAUGACGAACAACGAUGCUUUGUUUUGAUAAAUGCUCUUGGAACUGACUGCAGCAGUCAGAAAGAUUCUGAUGGUCUACCCAAUGUGCCAUUCUCUGAAGUAAAUUCAUGCCCGAAAGAUGAAGCAGAAGAAGAAUAUGACUAUGUUUCAGGAAGUGCUGGGGCUGAAACGGCUUCCAAAGUCAAUGCUGAUGGUCAUGCAAAACAGUUUGUUGACUGGGAAGAUGAUCAAGGUGCUAAGGGCAGAUCAGAUAAUGAAAUUACUGAGCUUGAUAGCAACAAAAGUGAUGAGUUUAAUUCUGCUGGAGAUGGCAACCUAAACUGUCACAUUCAGGUUGACACUUUUAGUGUGCAAUGCAGCGGUAAUACAGAGGUUGACAGUCCACAAAAUUUUUCAAUUAUUGAAUUCAGUGAGGGUCCUAAUCCAGUGAUAAAGGAGGAGUGCAUUGAUAUUGCAGGAAGCAUAUUGGAUGGAUUUGACGAUGACUACAAUCUCACAAGCCUGUUUCCAGAAUGCAAGGAUGAUAGUAGCAGGGGAACUGAAUCAAAUUCUCCCAUGCAAUUCAACAUUCCUACAGAUGUGGACAGUCCAACAGACAAUUCUCCAUUUGAGUCCAGCAUAAGUUCUAAAUUUGAUGAAGGUGAGGAUGCCCAUACUUUAGCUGGUGGAGAUGGUGAUUGUGCUAUUGAAACUAAAGGUGAUGACUUUGAAGAGCAAUAUUUAGAAUCUGAGAAUACAAAAAAUGGGAUCACUAGAACAAGCUAUGAUUUUGAUGAUGAUCAUACCAUGGAUCAUGAGCUAUACAACGAAAUGAGCGAAGAGAGCCUCAAAAGUGGAUUAAAAGGAUAUAAUAUCAUUUCAGAUGAGAACCAAAACAAGCCUUACCGUCUCAAAUUCAGGCAGGGGCGUGUCUAUCCUUUUGAUAAUCAAAAUUCAGAAGCUGAGAAGGUUGAUUUGAGGCAUCAGAUGACUGAGGAAAGAAGAGCAGCACAUGAGUGGAUGCUGGAUUAUGCUCUCACGAACAUAGUCAAAAAGCUCUCUCCUUUCAGGCAAAGAAAGGUAGAACUGCUUGUAGAGGCUUUUGAGACUGUCACACCACUUUCUAAGUGUGAAACUAAUGACUUGCCACAAGCUACAAGAGCUUUUACUUGCUCAAGACCUAUUCAAGCAUGUAACUAAGAUUUUGAAGGGAGGCUGACAUGUUUUCUCUCACAUAAUCUGAUUUUAGCAAGCUGAUAGUAGUGAGCAUUAAAGCAUUUAGCCUGCACAGGGCUGAAGUUUAUGAGCAUAGCUAAUAAAAUAUUAGUAACUAUGUCAAUAUGUUGAUGUGUUUAUUAAUUUGGAUUCUUCCUGUUGAAUAUCAUGAGGGAAGGGAGCUGAUCAUUUUUUCAACUUAAGUUGAACUGGUCUGGUUUUCAGCAGCCAAAUUUGUUGGUUCUCAAGAAAACCCUUGAAGAGACAAAUUCCUUAUGAACUGGGGAAUGCAUAGUGAGUUGUUUAUUAAUUUCUAAAUCUUAAGUAGUUGUUUGUGUCCAGUAUGUCUUUAGUGUAAAGCGAGAAUGACAAAAGUUAUUUGUAACUGCUCAGUUUUCUAGUGUUACUCUAUCCCAAAAAGCAAGAAAAAAAAUAAAGACAAAAUGUCUAAUGUAAUUGGAGCCGAGGCGUUUCUAUAUAGAAACUGUUGUACUUUGAUAGGUAUAUAAUAUAUUAUCUAAUAUAUGUUCCUGUA